UUUGAAAGUAUUUUUUUCUGCGCAUUUCGGCUUAUUAAGUACAGUACACUCACUUAAGUUAUUCACGGAACUGACUCGUUUUCCUGACCUGAAUGAAAUGUCUCAUCACUAAUCGUCAAAUUGACAGCUAGCCACAGAUUAACAAGAAUUUAUGAUGUCAACUUUUUUGUGUGAGGUUUUGUUUGAUUUUUGUUUUUACAUGAAAAAAUGUGUUUUUAAUAAUUAUUUUACGUUAAUUUCACAUUGAGCUAAGAAAUCAUACAUCUAUUGAGUGCUACGGAUGUUAUUAGAAGAAUACUUUGCGUAGUUUAGGUGAAAUUCGAACAUUCUUUGUAGUAACAGGUUGCAUGACUAGAAGAACCAAAGAACCCACUACACGCUUAACCGGGCCGACUUUUAGUCCCACUUUUUGAGCAUUGAUGUUUUAUCUACGUUGAUCUUGGUGACGUGCGUAGCAGUUCUGUCAAAUUUAGUACGUUAACCCUUUCAGCGCCAAGCGCCAAGAGUUGAUCAAAAACGUUCACCACACGCCCGCCACGACAUUAAACAUGGUUGAUGAUUUAAGCGGCUAAGCAUACAACAAGGUCUUUGGGCUAAGCGCACCGCUUUAGCCCAAAACAUUUUUCUGUGAAAAAUAUUGUUGGAUAAACAACUGUAAACAACGGAUAAACUGAAAAUGACCGGAGACCUUGAAAGAAGUCAUUGUUUUAAAACAGAAAAUAAGUUUUUAGUGAAAAGUGGAUGUAAGAAGAGACAGUGGAGGUCUCUUAAACAGAUACUAGCUACUGAAAGAACUUUACCAUGGCCUAAUGAUGCAGUUCUAUAUUAUUCAAUAAAUGCACCCCCAUCAUUCAAGCCUACCAAGAAAUAUUCUGAUAUAUCAGGACUACCAGCUCCUUAUAUAGAUCGGCAUUCAAAGUUGUAUUACAGUAACUCUGAAGAGUUUGCCACUGUGAGAAGUCUGCCAAUGGAUAUCACAGCUGGAUAUCUGCAGUUAAGAGGGGCUAACACUGUUGUGGGAUAAAUAAUGACUUUAGAUUUUGAAAAAAAAUAAUAUAAUUAUUUUCAAACUGAAGAAGGUUGUCACAUAGAAUUUACUGGACCGAGUUUGUGUGCAGAAUGAUGGAAUAGACAGGUAACAAAGGAAUUUGUUUAUAAAUUAAAUAAAAAAUAAAAGAAUCUUCAAGUUA